UGCAAAACCGCAAAGAUGUCACAGCAAGAGCCUCCUUAUUGUGUAACGGCGUACGAUCUGGCAUAUCGUGGUAAAACCGGAGCUCUAAUGAUUCUACUGAGCGAGAACGAGCGGCUGAAAACGCAAACGGAUAGCAAUGGCCGAAUGUUGAUACAUUGGGCGGCGCUGGGCGGUCAUGACGAUCUGGUUAGGCAUUUAUUGUCUCUUGACGUACCGGUGGAUCCCACGGAUGACACAAACAUGACUCCGCUGAUUCUGGCGGCGUCCGCCGGCCGCGAAAAGGUUGUCAACACGUUGCUGAUCGAAGGAGCGAACGUGAACGCGACGACGAUCGACGGUCAUUCGGCAUUGCAGUACGCCGCGUCGAAGAACUGGAAGUCCAUCUGUGUGGCGUUGCUCAAGAAGGACGCAGAUGUGAACAUCGCGGACAAACGGGGCGCUACACCUCUUCACAGAGCCGCGUCGAAAGGCAAUAUCGCCAUCGUGGAGCUCCUCGUGGAGUUUGGGAAAAAAUUGAACAUAGAUCAGAGAGACGCAUACGGCAAUACGCCGUUGCAUCUCGCUUGCGAGGAGAACCGCGUGGAAGAAGCAAAACUGCUGACGACGCACGGCGCGGACUUGACGAUCACCAAUAAGGAGCGCAAGACUCCGUUGGAUCUCGCAAGUCCCGGAUUGGUCCGACAGCUCGAGGAAAUCAAGCGAGAGACUGCGUCGAAGUAGAACGCUUUCUCGCGCGAAUUUUUUCAUACGACAAGUUUACGUGCGGUUUAAGUUUCGUUAAAUAAGUCUUCAAUAAAUUUAUCCAUGAUUAAG